AUGAAACCUAUGAAUUCAGUGUAUAUAAAAAUUAAAAUUCUCACCCUUAAAGCACCAUCGAAUCCACCUCCGCCCGUGCCAAUAGCUCAUCUGAAAAAUGGCUCACCACUGAAAUUGCUGAAUGGUACAAGUACACAUGAAACGAACAUAACGAACGGUAUGUCACACGGAGAUCAGCUGAACAAAGUCAAACUGAACAAUUUGGAGACAGCGCCUAAAAUCGAUCUGAAACUUCCGAAAGUUCCACCAAAGGUGGAGAAUUCCAGUACAGUUUCAUCGGCUGAUUUUAACACUUCUACAGCCACGACAGUUCCGAAGAGCGAAAAACUAAAAACGCUUCAGUUGAACGGACAUGUUGGUUUCGACUCUUUGCCACAUCAGUUAGUUCGGAAGUGCACCGAGCAAGGGUAUAUCGUUGUGAAUAUUUGA